AUGGCUCACAUAUCAAUGCUAAAGGGCGUCCACAAUAGUAUGCCACUGACCGAGUACUCUGCCAAUCCAACCUCAGAAAAGACCGCAGCUUCCUCUUUAGUACCAGAAGCAUUUCUGCUCUCUGACGGCCACCCAGAUUAUCUCCGCCUGAUCCUCACUUCUCGAGUAUACGAGGUCGUCAAAGAAACUCCCCUCACUCCAGCUAUCAACAUUAGCAAUCGGCUAGAAUGCAAAGUCCUCCUCAAAAGGGAAGACCUCCAACCUGUCUUCAGCUUCAAACUGCGAGGGGCAUACAACAAAAUGGCACAUCUCAAUUCAGAAGAGAGGUGGAAGGGGGUGGUCGCUUGCUCGGCUGGGAAUCAUGCUCAGGGAGUCGCAUAUUCUGCACGCCACCUGAAAAUACCUGCCACCAUCGUCAUGCCCUUAGGAACCCCACCAAUCAAACAUCUGAAUGUCUCCCGACUUGGUGGCUCUGUUGUACUACAUGGCGAUGAUUUCGACUCAGCCAAAAGUGAGGCACACCGCCUGGAGAAGCUGCACGGCCUCACCAACAUUGCACCCUUCGAUGAUCCGUAUGUCAUUGCUGGGCAAGGCACAAUAGGCAUGGAGCUGCUGCGGCAAACGAAUCUGCAAGACUUGGAGGCAGUCUUCUGUUGCGUUGGUGGGGGUGGACUGAUAGCCGGCCUGGGAGUUUACAUCAAACGCAUCGCUCCGCAUGUCAAGAUCAUCGGUGUGGAAACUCACGAUGCCAAUGCCAUGGCGCAGUCGCUCAAGAAAAAGAAGAGAGUGGUCUUAAGAGAAGUCGGCUUGUUCGCAGAUGGUGCUGCAGUCAAAACCGUUGGCGAAGAGACAUUUCGGCUCUGUCUGGAAGUCGUGGACGAUGUCAUCGAAGUAUCAACAGAUGAGACAUGUGCAGCCAUCAAAGACGUAUUCGAGGAUACAAGAUCUAUCGUCGAGCCCGCUGGCGCUCUAGCUUUGGCCGGCUUGAAGAAGUAUGUGGCAUGGAAUCCAUCUACUAAUCCUAAACGACAGUUAAUUGCACUGGCUUCAGGCGCAAAUAUGAACUUCGACAGAUUACGGUUUGUUGCCGAGCGUGCCGCUUUGGGUGAACAGAAAGAAGCAUUGCUUGCUGUCAAAAUACCCGAGAGACCAGGGGCUUUCGCUGAGCUUGUCAAAGCUGUACUUUCCCAUUCCGUGACAGAGUUUAGCUACCGGUAUGCCAAAGAAGGAUCUGCCAAUAUCCUCAUGGGCAUAUCCAUCAAUGCAUCCACAAGGUCCACGGAGCUUCCAGACUUAAUCCAACGUCUAGGUCGGGAUGGCAUGGAUGCGGUGGACCUCAGUGGCGACGAACUUGCCAAGUCACACUUGCGGUACCUCGUUGGUGGUCGCAGUGAUGUCCGAGACGAGCUCCUGUACAUGUUCGAUUUUCCGGAACGACCAGGAGCAUUGUUCAAGUUUUUGACUACCUUGCGAUUAGAUCAGAAUAUCUCACUCUUCCAUUAUCGAAACCAUGGAGGUGAUAUCGCCCAGGUGUUGGCUGGCAUCCAAUGCUCCAAAGCCGAGAAGCAAGAGUUGGAGGGGUUCCUCACGAAGCUGGGCUACCCUUUCUCUGAGUGGACAGACUCGCCUACGUAUCGGAUGUUCCUCCGCGAAUGA